CCGUCUCGCUCAGGCGCGCGCCGUGCAAACCAUUUGGCGGGUUUUCGCUGGUUACGCUCUUCUGUUCCAGUCCUGGAGGUGCUCCGCGGUAGCUUUUAGGGAGCAGGACGUUCUCCCCAGAAGUGCGAGUUAACGAGCUUUCUGCUUCCUUCCUUCGGGCCCUUGGGGGCUCCUCCCACAUUAAAAAGAAGUGUUUCUCCGUGGCUGAGGCCGGGGCCUUCCGACCGCCGGAGGGCUUGGGCCAUUUGGUCCUCUUCCGUCUCGCUCUCUGAGAGGGUACCAGGAUUCGAGGAACCUCGUCCUGCCCAUCAGUCUCCACGCCGUGGGUUCCUGGAACUCAGGUCGGAGCUCGGUGGGCCGGGCCCCCGGCUUCCCUGCUGGGUCACCAUGAGCGUGUCCGCCCAGCGCCUGGUGGAAGAGUUGCAGAUCUUCGACGUAGAAUGCGAGGCGGCUCUGACCGAGAAAUAUCAGACCUCUUGGUGUUUGGGAGACGAAGAAUUAAGCCCAGUCUUGCGAUAUGGGAUGUAGGGACUUGGCAGCGUUUGCAGUGUCCUGCUUGGAUCCCAGCUCAAGAUGGUGGAGCUGUGCCUCCUGUACGGACAGAACGAGGAGGGCAUGGUAGCCGAGCUGAUAGCCUUCUGCACCAGAACAGGGAAAGUUGGCCUUACCCCAGAGAUCCUGAACUCUUUUGAGCAUGAGUGUCUGAGCAAAAAAUCGUCCAGAGUGCCCAGGGAUGGUGGGCAUGCUGGAGCCAGAGACAUUGUUUCCAUUCAAGAGCUAAUCGAAGUGGAGGAAGAAGAAGAGAGCCUCUUGGACUCCUACACCACACCCUCUAAGGGUUCUCAGAAGCGAGCUAUCACCACCCCAGAAACCCCCCUAACAAAAAGGACUGUGUCUACUCGGAGCCCCCAUCAACUCCUUUCACCGUUGAGUUUCUCUCCAAGUGCUACUCCCUCUCAGAAAUACAAUUCGAGAAAUAACCGAGGAGAAGUGGUUACCUCCUUUGGCUCAACACAGGGAGUGUCUUGGUCUGGAAGAGGAGGGGCCGGUAACCUCAGCCUGAAGGUCUUGGGGGGUCCAGAGUCACUCACCGGGAGCUACAAAUCAAUGUUCCAGAAGCUUCCAGAUAUUCGAGACGUUCUGACCUGUAAGAUAGAGGAACUUGGCAGUGAACUCAAGGAACAUUACAAGAUUGAGGCUUUUGCUCCUGUUCUGGUCCCAGCUCAAGAGCCCAUUACUCUGCUGGGCCAGAUCGGCUGUGACACCAAUGGGAAGCUGAACAGCAAGUCCGUGAUCCUCGAGGGGGACCGGGAACAUUCCUUGGGGGCUCAGAUUCCAGUGGAUUUAUCUGAGCUCAAAGAAUAUUCUCUGUUUCCCGGACAGGUUGUAAUUAUGGAAGGAAUCAACACGACUGGUAGAAAAUUUAUUGCCACCAAACUCUACGAGGGUCUGCCACUUCCAUUUUAUCAGCCCACGGAAGAGGAUGGAGAUUUUGAGCAAAACAUGGUCCUGGUGGCCUGUGGCCCAUACACCACAUCCGACAGCAUCACGUACGACCCCCUGCUCGAUCUGAUCGCUGUCAUCAACCGUGAUCUGCCGGAUGUCUGCAUCCUGCUUGGACCUUUCCUGGACGCAAAGCACGAACAGGUUGAGAGCUGUCUGCUCACAAGUCCAUUUGAAGAUAUUUUCAAGCAGUGUCUGCGGACAAUUAUUGAAGGGACGCGCAGCUCUGGCUCCCGCCUCGUCUUUGUCCCGUCCGUGAGGGACGUGCACCGCGAGCCCGUGUACCCGCAGCCGCCCUUCAGCUACUCCGACCUGCUUCGAGACGACAGAAAGCGAGUGCAGUUCGUGUCUGAGCCCUGCAGCCUCGCCGUCAAUGGAGUGAUCCUCGGCCUGACGUCCACGGAUCUGCUGUUCCACAUGGGAGCCGAGGAGAUCAGUAGUGCUUCUGGACCUUCGGACAGACUCAGCCGAAUCCUCAAGCACAUCCUGACCCAGAGGAGCUACUACCCGCUCUACCCUCCCCAGGAAGACAUGGCCAUUGACUAUGAGAAUUUCUACACCUAUGCACAGCUGCCCGUCACCCCGGAUGUCUUCGUUAUCCCAUCAGAGCUGAAAUACUUUGUGAAGGACGUCCUCGGCUGCGUCUGUGUGAAUCCCGGGCGCCUCACCAAGGGGCAGGUGGGGGGCACCUUUGGCCGCCUCUUCCUCAGGAGGCAGCCGGCAGCGGGCGGGGAGGGGAGGCGGAGUCCGUGCGUGGCCGCCCAGGUGGUCAGGAUCUGAGGCCUGAGCGCUUCCUCGUCCCCUGUCGUGUGGCGCUCACGGAUGUCUGAGAGCCUCCGCCGGGAGCCCAGCCACUGGAAGGUGGAGGACAGAGGACAGUCACCUGGCGCAGGAAGGCUGCGGGCCAGGCGAAGCUGGACCCUGACCCUGACCUGGAGUCAAGCUGCUCUGGAAGAAAGCUCUUGCUUCUUCGUGGACACACAGAGCCCAGGGCAAACUGGCUGUGGACGCAGCGUGCUCAGAAAAGGCCAGAAGGCUUGGUGAUCUCUUGGCGGGAAUCAGACACGGAAACAACUUUUGGAGAAAUAAAAGUAAAUUCCGAGGGUGA